CGCGUGUGCGAGGGAAAAAAGGGGAGGGAGAAGAAAAAGGAAUCGCGCGACCCGGGCCAGAAACGCCCGCGCGAGGAGAGAUUUCGCGAUUCGCGAAAGUAAAAGAAAACGAGAUAAAAUCAAGUUUGACGAGUACUCAAGACGGUGGUAAAAUCGAGGCGGACUGACUUUUUCGCGGAGACCAGCGUGACAGCGAGCGACUCGAAUGACAGAACACGAACGGAGCGACGAACCUAACCUCAAGCAGGUGCGGGCCAUCCCGCCGCGCAAGAUUCGUCACCGGUAGAAGCGAGCAUCGUUGAUUGAGAGAUUAGCGGAUAAAAUUUCAAGGAGAUAAAUGAAGAACAUCAUUUCUCGGAGAGAUGAUCGAUCAAUUCGGGAAGUCUUCUCGUAAGGUCGCCAAGAUCGACCCGCUCAGUUCAAGAUCGACCGGAGCGAAAGCGACAGCACGAAAGAGUCGCGUGUAGAGGAAUCAAUCGUCGUAAAAUGACCUCGGGAUCGUCGUGACACUGGAGACGAUGUGACGCAACGACCCUUGAACCCACUUGAGCUCGGCUCGCGUCCACUCGUACGAUAUCGCGCCACUUGCUACAGUGGCUUUAUUGCAAACGUGUAUCAAUUUCGACACUCCCGGCGAGUCGGUGCGAAACGCGCGAUCCAGUCUUGGGCCUCCCUUAGUCCGGUGAUUUUCUACCCAGGCGACUCGGCCAGGAGGAAGGAACCGCAUCCGCGCUCCGUUCUUAGAUGUCACUCGACGUAGGAGGAGAAGCGGCGUCGAGGCGAACAACGUAGGCUGUAUGCUACGCCGUCUUCUGGGCUCCUUCUUUUUCGGUAACACGGAGAGCGCGGAGGGAACGGAGUGCGAUUCUUCGACGGGAGAUUCCAGUCAGGAGAUCAUCGACUGUCUCGGUCCUUCCCCAGGGUUCGUUUGCGCGAGAGAGAUGUCGGAGGCACCGGUGAGCUUUGUCGUCGGGGAGCCCGAGCUCGAUCCCGAUCCCGAUCCUAGCGAGGUGCAGGAGAUCGAGGAUAGCUUCCCGAGCGAGGGGAGCGAAAGCGCCAAUUCGCAGGUGCAAACCAAUGUCACCCCAGGACUGCUAGAGCGCCGUAGGCGUCUCAGGCCCAGCAUGUCGCAGGGUACGGUGAUGAUUCAAACGCAAAAUCGGCUUCAAGAAAAGGACUUCACUGUCGCGACUCCCGAAGAAUUUGUCCAUCGUUUCGGAGGCACCAGGGUUAUCAACAAGGUGCUGAUCGCCAACAAUGGUAUCGCGGCGGUUAAAUGCAUGCGAUCGAUUCGACGCUGGUCGUACGAGAUGUUUAAGAACGAGAGGGCUGUGCGUUUCGUGGUGAUGGUCACGCCGGAAGAUCUAAAGGCGAACGCGGAAUACAUCAAAAUGGCAGAUCAGUACGUGCCAGUACCGGGUGGGACCAACAACAACAAUUACGCUAAUGUGGAAUUGAUUGUCGAUAUCGCGACACGUACUCAGGUCCAUGCAGUUUGGGCCGGAUGGGGCCACGCUUCGGAAAAUCCGAAACUUCCGGAAUUGCUCCAUAAAAAUAACAUCUGCUUUAUUGGACCGUCCGAGAGAGCCAUGUGGGCUUUAGGUGACAAAAUCGCAUCCAGCAUAGUCGCUCAAACUGCAGACGUGCCGACCCUUCCUUGGUCAGGAUCGGAAUUGACAGCGCAUUACAGCGGGAAAAAGAUUAAAAUAUCAUCGGAACUUUUUAAAAAAGGAUGCGUCGCCACUGUGGAAGAAUGUCUGGCGGCAGCCAACAAGAUCGGCUUUCCGAUCAUGGUGAAGGCGAGUGAGGGUGGUGGUGGUAAAGGAAUCAGGAAAGUUGAAAACGCCGAGGAGUUACCCGCUUUAUUCAGACAAGUGCAGACUGAAAUAUCCGGCUCGCCGAUAUUUAUUAUGAAACUGGCCAAAUGCGCUCGUCACUUGGAAGUGCAAUUACUAGCUGAUAAUUAUGGUAACGCGAUAUCGCUGUUUGGACGUGAUUGCUCUAUUCAAAGAAGACAUCAAAAAAUUAUCGAGGAAGCGCCGGUCGUGAUCGCCAAGUCGGAGGUUUUCGAAGAGAUGGAAAAAGCUGCUGUGAGAUUAGCAAAAAUGGUAGGAUAUGUCAGCGCGGGUACUGUGGAAUAUCUGUACGACACGGCCGGCAGAUAUUAUUUCUUGGAAUUGAAUCCGCGUCUUCAAGUAGAACAUCCUUGCACCGAAAUGGUAUCGGACGUGAACUUGCCAGCGGCUCAGUUACAAAUAGCAAUGGGUCUGCCGUUACACCACAUCAAGGAUAUACGUCUCUUAUAUGGCGAAAAUCCCUGGGGCGACAAUCCGAUCGACUUUGAUCAGCCGCGUCAUAAGCCUCAACCAUGGGGCCACGUUAUCGCAGCUAGAAUCACUAGUGAAAAUCCUGAUGAAGGCUUUAAACCGAGUUCCGGUACGGUGCAGGAGUUGAAUUUUCGAUCAUCGAAAAACGUAUGGGGUUACUUUUCAGUCGGUGCUUCGGGAGGACUCCACGAGUUCGCUGACUCACAAUUCGGUCAUUGCUUCUCGUGGGGCGAAGACCGCAAUCAGGCUAGAGAAAAUUUAGUUGUGGCCCUGAAAGAAUUAAGUAUCAGGGGUGACUUUAGAACCACGGUCGAGUAUCUCAUCACUCUUCUGGAAACGGAAUCCUUUCAACAGAAUAACAUAGAUACCGCUUGGCUCGAUUUGUUGAUCGCGGAACGUAUUCGCAGUGAUAAGCCGGAUGUUUUACUGGCUGUCACCUGCGGAGCGCUUCAUAUCGCCGAUAGAAUAAUCACGGCCGGUUUCACCGGAUUUCAGACAGCUUUGGAAAAGGGCCAAAUACAGGCUAGCAAUGAUUUAAACAACGUUGUCGACGUAGAGCUUAUCAAUGAUGGAUACAAGUAUAAAGUACAAGCUGCUAAAUCCGGUCCCAAUAACUAUUUUCUUGUGAUGAACGGUUCUUACAAAGAGGUGGAUAUUCAUCGUAUGUCGGACGGAGGUUUACUGCUUUCAUUGGACGGUGCGAGUUUUACGACUUACAUGCGAGAGGAAGUGGAUCGUUAUAGGAUCAUGUUGGGAAAUCAAACAUGCAUCUUUGAAAAAGACAACGACCCAUCCUUACUAAGAUCGCCAUCGGCUGGCAAGCUAAUAAAUUUUUUGAUCGAUGAUGGCGGUCAUGUGGGCGCCGGUCAGGCGUACGCUGAAAUCGAAGUAAUGAAAAUGGUCAUGACCGUUACUGCCAGCGAAGCGGGUAGCGUCUUUUACGUGAAAAGACCUGGCGCAAUACUGGAAGCCGGAACCCUGAUCGCGCAUCUCGAAUUGGACGAUCCAUCACUGGUAACAAAAGCGCAAGAUUAUACGGGACAGUUCACAACGGCAGCGGUGCUCGCCGUACCGGAGAAAUUGAACCAUCUCCACGCCAAGUAUCGAAAUGCUUUGGAAAAUACAUUAGCGGGAUACUGUCUGCCGGAUCCGUAUCAUUUGCCACGUUUGCGAGAGCUAAUCGAGAAAUUCAUGUGCUCGUUACGCGAUCCCAACUUACCGUUAUUGGAAUUGCAAGAAGUGAUCGCGACGAUAUCCGGCAGAAUUCCCAUCUCUGUGGAGAAAAAAAUUCGCAAAUUGAUGUCGUUAUACGAACGAAAUAUCACAUCGAUCUUAGCCCAAUUUCCUAGUCAACAGAUUGCCGCUGUGAUAGACGGACACGCGGCGACUCUAUCCAAAAGAGCCGAACGCGAUGUAUUCUUCUUGACGACCCAAGCCAUCGUGCAAUUGGUACAAAGAUAUCGAAAUGGUAUACGUGGUCGAAUGAAGACGGCCGUGCACGAACUACUGCGACAGUAUUACAUGGUCGAGAGUCAGUUUCAACAAGGUCAUUAUGACAAGUGCGUUUCCGCACUAAUAGAGAAAUACAAGGACGAUGUAGCGACCGUCACUGGUAUGAUUUUCAGUCAUAAUCAAGUAACAAAAAAGAAUGUCUUGGUGACUAUGUUGAUCGAUCAUUUGUGGGCCAACGAACCCGGUCUUACCGAUGAGCUUUCAAACACAUUGACUGAAUUGACCAGUCUAAAUCGCACGGAACACAGUCGCGUCGCGCUGAGAGCCAGACAAGUGUUGAUCGCCGCCCAUCAACCCGCCUACGAACUCAGACACAAUCAAAUGGAGUCGAUAUUUCUCUCGGCAGUGGAUAUGUACGGGCAUGACUUCCAUCCGGAGAACUUGCAGAAACUCAUUCUCUCGGAAACAUCCAUCUUUGACAUUCUUCACGACUUUUUCUAUCAUACUAAUCGCGCGGUGUGCAAUGCCGCCUUAGAAGUUUAUGUGCGACGAGCUUAUGUUAGUUACGAUCUUACAUGUUUGCAACAUUUGGAAUUAUCCGGAGAGAUUCCGCUAGUAUAUUUCCAGUUCGUUUUGCCUACCAAUCAUCCAAAUCGUCAGAAUCAAUCUUUGGUGGAUUAUAGAUCCGGCGCGAUGGUGGCUUUCCAAGAUCUCGAGCAAUUCAGCCAAUACGCGGAUGAGGUCUUGGAUUUGUUGGAAGACUUAUCGAGCCCUACACCGGUAAUGUCCGCUAAAUUGUUGGAGGCGGUGGACGCUGCCGGCAGCGAAUCGCGGCACAGCACAUCUAUCAACGUGUCCUUGAGCGUGGCGGCGGAUGGAAUAACCGCGUCGACAGCGACGACGACCAACGAUAAAUCCAUCGAACCGAUUCAUAUAUUGAGUAUCGCGGUCAAGGAAAGCGGCACCGAGGAUGACGCUACUAUGGCCCGAAUGUUUGGAGAUUGGUGCGCCAACAACAAAGAAGAAUUGAUAUCCCGCGGCAUCCGUAGAGUGACGUUCGCCGCACUCAAAAAGAGACAGUUCCCCAAAUUCUUCACUUUCCGUCAACGGGAAGGGUUCGUCGAGGACAGGAUCUAUCGGCAUCUCGAGCCAGGUUGCGCCUUCCAAUUGGAAUUGAAUCGUAUGCGAACAUACGAUCUCGAGGCGCUUCCGACAUCGAAUCAGAAGAUGCAUUUGUAUCUCGGCCAAGCCAAGGUCGCCAAAGGCCAGCAAGUUACCGAUUAUCGUUUCUUCAUUCGCUCGAUUAUACGGCACUCCGAUCUUAUCACGAAAGAAGCCAGCUUCGAUUAUCUUCACAACGAGGGCGAACGCGUUCUGCUCGAGGCUAUGGACGAAUUGGAAGUUGCGUUCUCGCAUCCUCUCGCGAAACGUACCGAGUGUAAUCACAUCUUCUUGAAUUUCGUCCCCACAGUCAUUAUGGACCCGAAUAGAAUAGAGGAGAGUGUAACUAGCAUGGUAUUGCGAUAUGGGCCAAGAUUAUGGAAGCUGCAUGUGCGACAAGCGGAGAUCAAAAUGACCAUACGACCCGCGCCGGGGAAACCAACUUCCAACCUACGCCUCUGUAUCGCUAACGACAGCGGAUAUAGCAUUGAUUUGCAUCUCUACACGGAGGCCACCGAUCCCAAGACGGGUAUCAUUCGUUUCGAGUCUUAUCCACCCACAAUGGUGAAUGCAGCGAAUUGGAGACCAGGUCCUAUGCAUGGAUUACCAAUCUCCACACCAUAUCUAACCAAAGAUUAUCUCCAGGCAAAGAAGUUCCAGGCGCAGAGCGCCGGUACCACUUACGUUUAUGAUUUACCAGACAUGUUUCGACAGCAAACCGAGAAAUUAUGGCAGAAAUACGUAGAAGAGAAAUCACUGAUCGAUGAUCAGAAUCCGAUUGCGAUUCCUAAUCCGGUGAUAGACGUCGUGGAGUUGGUGCUAGACGGAGAACAAUUAGUAGAGCAGAAACGAUUGCCGGGCGAAAACGAUGUUGGCAUGAUCGCGUGGCGGUUGACCCUGUACACCCCGGAAUGUCCGUUCGGUCGGGACAUUAUACUUAUCGCCAAUGAUAUCACGUAUAUGAUCGGCUCUUUCGGAAUACGUGAAGAUUUACUGUUUUGCAGAGCCUCUGAGAGAGCGAGACAGCUCGGAUGUCCACGGAUAUAUUUCGGAGCCAAUUCCGGCGCCCGUAUUGGUAUGGCUGAAGAAGUGAAAGCUCUCUUCAGAAUCGCGUGGGAAGACGAGAACGAACCGGAGAAGGGUUUCAAAUAUAUAUAUCUCACGCCGGAUGAUUACGCACGCUUGGCAUCUCUUAAUUCGGUGAAGGCCUCGCUGAUCGAAGAUCCCGCAGGCGAGAGUCGUUACAGGAUCACGGACAUUAUCGGCAAGGAUGACGGAAUAGGAGUAGAGAAUCUUAAGCACGCCGGUCUGAUCGCGGGUGAAACGUCGCGAGCCUACAACGACAUAAUUACAAUCUCUAUAGUGUCGUGUCGCGCGAUCGGUAUCGGCGCUUAUGUGGUACGUCUGGGCCAUAGAGUGAUACAGAUCGAGAACUCGCAUAUUAUUCUGACUGGUUAUCGAGCGUUGAAUACCGUAUUGGGUCGCGAGGUUUAUGCCAGCAACAAUCAGCUGGGCGGCACGCAGAUUAUGCACAACAAUGGGGUGUCUCACGCGACCGAUGCUCGUGACUUGGACGGAGUGGCGACUGCCUUGAAGUGGCUCACUUACUUCCCCAAAAGCAAGGGUGCCCCGUUACCGAUAAUGUUGCCCAUCACAGACCCGAUCGAGCGAGAAAUCGCUUACAUGCCCACGAAAACGGCCUACGAUCCGAGAUGGAUGUUAGAAGGUAGAUACUGCACCGAAUCGAAUGCUUGGGAAAGUGGCUUUUUCGACCGAGGCUCCUGGCACGAAAUAAUGAGGCCUUGGGCGCAAACGGUAGUGACCGGACGAGCCAGACUCGGUGGUAUACCUUGUGGCAUUAUUGCCGUCGAAACGAGGACCGUCGAACUGCAUUUGCCAGCCGAUCCCGCCAAUUUGGAUUCCGAAGCUAAGACUAUAUCUCAAGCGGGACAGGUUUGGUUCCCGGACAGCGCGUACAAAACUGCACAGGCUAUCCAAGAUUUCGGAAAGGAGGAACUGCCGCUCUUUAUCUUUGCUAAUUGGAGAGGCUUCUCCGGAGGGAUGAAGGAUAUGUACGAGCAAAUUGUCAAAUUUGGCGCGUACAUCGUCGACGGGCUACGGCAAUAUUGCAAGCCGAUAUUCGUUUAUAUCCCGCCGAAUGGAGAACUUAGAGGUGGCGCUUGGGCUGUCGUGGACCCUACAAUAAAUCCUCGUUGCAUGGAGAUGUUUGCCGAUAAUACCAGUAGAGGUGGCAUCUUGGAACCCGAGGGGAUUGUAGAAAUUAAAUUUCGAAACAAGGACAUUGUGAAAACUAUGCAUAGAGUCGAUCCUGGUAUACAUAAGCUAAAGGAGAAAUUGUCAACCGUAAAUACGACGGAGGAACGACUUGAGCUAGAAACACAGAUUCGUAAACGUGAGAAAAUGUUGGAACCAAUGUAUCGUCAAGUAGCCAUUUAUUUCGCCGAUUUGCAUGAUACGCCGGAGAGAAUGUUAGAAAAAAACACGAUUCAAGAGAUAAUACCAUGGAAAAUGGCGCGACGAUUAUUUUACUGGCGACUACGACGUAGGCUUCUGGAAGAGGAAAUUAAAAACGAGAUCUUAUCGACGCAGCCGAGUCUCGAUGUCAGACAGGUGGGAGCAAUGUUGCGACGUUGGUUUAUCGAGGAUAAGGGAACAACGGAAUCAUACUUGUGGGAUCAAGAUGAGGCUGCGACCUAUUGGUUAGAGGCACAAUGUAAAACGGAUGAUAGUGUCGUGUCGCGUAAUAUAACGUGCGUAAAGAGAGAUGCGGUGGUGACGCGUAUCAAGGAGGCUCUGGACACUUGUCCGGAGAUUAGACUAGACGCAGUUUUGGAAAUUGCCCACAGAUUGCAACCGAAUGAACGAGCGGAAUUGCAGAGAACUUUAUCGCAAUUGGAGACAACGGGGCAAGAGCAUCAAGACACGAAUGUUUUGUCCUGAGCGUUUUUCGCGUGUAAGCAUACUUGCACGCUUCGUUCAUUCCAGUUGAUUAAAUGCUCGUCAAUAGUACAAUUUAUUGUCAAAGACGUAUAAUUAUUCAUAUUAAUUUUCACAAAUACUCUCUCUACUAUCGAGGGUUAAUUAAGUUAGGAUAUACUUUAAAUAGAUAUGUUUCAAAGAUUUCGAUAAACUUCCAUUUCUAUUAUAGAUCGAAGAACCUCUAUAGUUUUAGUCCCUUGAUAAGGGUUAAAAGGUUUGAGAAGUAUUCGAAAAAAUAUCAAGAUAGCAUCAGAUUAGUUUGUUGAACAAUUUUACUCGUAAUUUUCAAUACAG